AUGAUUGGCGGCGGAAAGACGUUGACCUCGUUUGGAGGCCAAAUCCUUGAAUAUCCCAACAUCUUCAUCGACAAUUUCAGGCCAUUACGAUUGAAAAAAUUUCGAAACAUUAAACCAACGUGUUUCUUGUCUCAUGCUCAUAAAGACCAUAUACACGGACUCAGCGAGGACACAUGGCGUCAUACCAUCUAUUGCUCUUCUGUUACAAUGCAGCUGAUGAUUCGUUUGGGAUAUCAUCAUUUGAAAGACUACUUGAAGCCGUUAGAGAUUGAGAUACGACACCCGAUUAAACUGGCAAGUCAUGAAACAGUCUAUGUAACUCUUCUACCAGCAAAUCAUUGUCUUGGCAGUGUCCAAUUCCUAAUCGAAGGACCAUUUGGCAAUAUUCUGUACACCGGAGAUGCACGAUAUGAACCAUGGUUUCUAGAUGUCAUGAAGAAAUCUAAAAUCAUUACUCAAUCACUCAAGGAGAAGCCGAUUACGACCGUGUAUUUGGAUACGACAUUUGCUGAUGUUUCCAAGACAAAAUUUCCAAGUAAAAAGGAAUCAGUCAAGACAAUCAUAGACAUUAUAAAAUCAACUCCAAAAGACGCUCGAAUCUUUUUGGAAUUCACAAUGUUGGGAGUUGAAGAGGUCUUGUUGGGUGUUGCUAAACAUUUCAAUACCAAGAUCUACGUCAAGCCUUAUCGGUAUAGAAAGUUUGAAUCUCUCAGAAAUUGUGAUCAGAAUUCAGCUAAUCUUGAAACUUUGGACAUUGCGUCGUAUUUAACCACGGAUCCGCAUUCGACCAGGUUUCACAACUGUGGCGGUAUCAGGAAACGUUGUCGUGAUUGUCGAGCUAUAGCUGCCACCACACAAGUUCUGAUGAUUAGACCGUCUACGCAAAGAUGGGUGCGUUCUUGGGCAGGAAAGGAUAAGAGCUGGCAAGGUCUUGAUUAUGCUGUUGCUUCUGACACAAUUGCAAGAGUUUUGUUUUCAAUGCAUUCGUCUCUGGAUGAAUUGAAGUCGUUCAUUGAAUGGAUUAGACCAGAACGUAUACAUCCAACCGUUGUCGAAGAGAUUCCAAACAGAGCGGAAAUCCUUCGACAUUUUAAACCAUAUUUACUAAAUCCGAAAGACGAUUCUAAACGAGACGAUAUUCCUGGUAGUAGUUUGGAGACGAUUGUUGAUGAAGGUCGUGGUGAGGUUCUAACCUCAGAUGAUGGGGAUGAGAAUGUUGUUUAUUUAGAAAGCAAGGAUUUGCAACCUCCAGCUAUAGCACUUCGACAUUCGAGUCUACAAGAAACUAAUGUUGGCAAUGUCGAGUCACGUAGAUUGUCAAUAUCGUCGAUCGUUAGUGAGGAAAGUGAGAUUAAUUGGAGCACUGAUGAGGAGGAGGAGGGUGAAGUGGUAGCUGCUGCUGAUCAUGCUAGAGAUGGAAAUGGUGGUAACCGCGUAGACAUUGAUCCUAAUUCAAGGUCACUAUCACCUGCUGUAUCGGAUAGCGAUGAUGAUGAAGAUCAAGAUGAAGACGCGUUUCGUCGUCCUACACGUAAACGGCCUAUAACUCCACCACCACGGAAAAUAGUACAGCCUACCGUCUUGAAAUCACCUACACGACUUGUAAAAUCUGCUAGUACACCUGUUAUAAGUCCUCGAGUAUCGCACACAGGCCGUAAUCAGAUCUUGUUUAUGUCAUCUGUAAGGAAGCCGAAUAUAGAACCAAUGCCAUUGAAUAGCAGUAUUGUAAUCAAGGACACCGCACAAACCGAAUUAGCUUCACCAGCAGCACCACCUGCAAGUGUGAAAAAACCACAGCUAUUGUCACCAUCACGUUUGAAUCGAUCACAAACUACACCGGUAAUAACAUCAACAGCACCAAGUAUCAACAAGAAAUCAUCCACAUCGGCAGCCAAACGUAAACCAGGGUUGAGUGAUUUCAUAAUGAAGGAUAUUGCAAAGAAACGAAACAAGGCAACUAUCAGCAACGACAACAAGAAUGUGAAUAGCAAGACGGAGGAAAAAGCGUUAAUUGCGAUUGAUGACGAUGACGCCGAUGAUGUUGUGAUUACGUCGUCUUGGUCUAGAGUCUCUGUUGGUUCGACAAAGGGAGGGAUUGUAGAUAAGGAGGUUAUAGAAAUAGAUUGA